AUCCUACUCUCAGAAGGGGAAGAAGCCACGUACGUCCUCAUUUAACAGAGAACCGAAUCGAGUCUCCGUUAUAGUCGGUGAUUUGCUCAAAGCCACUCAGGCUCAGCAGCGGUGGACUGCAAUUACCGGCACACCUGGCGGCUCGCUCUUCUACCCAACUCUCUCUCCCGAGCCGGCUAACUUUUCCCAGAAAGCCAAGCGGCUCAGUUUUGUCCUCUCACGUGCAUAGGUGAGAGGCGGAGUCGGAAUUGAGUGUAUCCCCGGAUCUAGAGGUGAGGCGCUCUGGGAUCCGGGCGAGAGGCGUAACUUGUUGCUUUCACCUUCUGCUGGAACGUGGUUUGUCUGGAUACUGUCUUCCCAACCUCCAGACAUGCGUCUAUCAGCCUUGCUAGCCAUGGCCGUCAAGGCUGACUUGCCUCGUAACUACCGCUAUGGAAUGAGCCGACCUGGAACCAUGGCGGAGAAGAGGAGAAACCCUCCCUGGAAAAGACCACGUCCAGUUCUUGUGGAGCCUAUACCUGAGGAUUCCUGGAAUGUGUAUUGUGGGGACACGGUUGAGAUCCUGGAGGGCAAAGAUGCUGGGAAGCAGGGCAAAGUGGUUCAGAUCAUCAGAGAGAGGAACUGGGUUAUCUUGGAAGGACUGAACACGCAUUUCCGAAUUGUUGGCAGGUACAAGGAUUACCGGGGGACCAUGGUCCCCAGCGAGGCUCCCCUGCUUUUUCGCCAGGUCAAGCUUGUGGAUCCCACUGACAGAAAACCAACUGAAGUGGAAUGGAGAUUUACAGAGGAAGGUGAGCGCGUACGAGUCUCCCUGAGGACAGGAAGGAUCAUCCCAAAGCCCGAGUUCCCUAGACCUGAUGGCAUCGUCCCUGAGCAGUGGAUUGAUGGUCCCAAAGAUACAUCAGUGGAAGAUGCUCUGGAGAAAACUUACGUCCCCUGUUUGAAGACCCUGGGAGAAGAGGUAAUGGAAGCAAUGGGCAUCGUGGAGACUCGGAGACACAGGAAAAUCUACUGGUAUUAAAGUUAUAGCAGGGACUGUCUUCUUCCCACCAUUGUCUCCACCCAAGAUCAUGACCCCAGAAGUCUGAGAAAUUGCCUUAUUUACUAUUGUCCAAUAAAGGAUUUUCUGAGGAA